AAAAAAAAUUAAACCCUUAAACCAGCAUUAGACUCUCAGCCAUGGCUUCGCGCUUAAGAUCAGUCUCAAAGCCAGCAUUCUCUAUCCUGAAAUCCACCAUACACAAGUCAACCCUUAAACCCAGUGCCGCAUCUCCUCACUUUCAUGUUUGCCCCUCGUAUCCCACAUUUCCAAGGCCCGUUUCUCAAUUAGGUUCUCUUCAAUCUCUGCUUCCUCUCCACUCAGCGGUGUCUUCAGCUCGGCUCACCUCAUGUCUUGGAACCGAUUCAAUGUGUUCGAGGUCGUUGUCUCAGGAAUUAGGUCUCAGUGUGCCUCGAUAACAAAUCAAAAUUCGAAGGAAGUAACGCAUGAUGGACGAGGGUCGCUGCUUUCCUUCUUUCGUGUGUCCGUUGGGAGUUUUAAUUUAGUUCGCAAGUUUGCCUUUUCAUUAUUAGUUGAAUUGAAUUUCUAUUGUCCCCGAUUCUUCGAAUAUUACAGAUGUUCUCUUCAGAUUGGAAGCUUAUUCCAUGGAUUCUCAGACAAUUUAUACGUGUCUUGUUUUA